GCUGGAAGAAACGAGGGAAAAUUUUGGUUUCGACCUCAUAACCCGCCAAAUCUCUCUUCUCCUCCCAAAAUGGAAGCCCUAAAGUUGUAGUGGAGAUUAGCUGCUCCACUUUUUCGAAUUGAAGAGCACCAUUUGCUGGACAACCGUCAGUCUUCCAGUCGUGCAACGACUUCACUGUCUUCUCCAGUCCAGCGGCCAUAUUUGUGCAGCGACUUCACAAUCUUCUCCAGUCCAGCGGCCAUAUUUUCAGUGUUUGAGCAAUCGUGCAACGACUUCAUUGUCUUCUCCAGUCCGGCGGCCAUAGUUUCAGUGUUUGAGCAACCAUUUCUGAAUCUUCCAGCGGUGCGAGCGACUUCACUAUCUUCCCCAGUCCGACAGCGAUUUUUUCAGUGUUUGAGCAACCAUUUCUCAUUCUUCCAGACCAGAGGAGCCAAUUUGGUUGCAACACAUGGAAGUAUGGAAGAUGCGAAUGAAGAUCCGUUAUUGUUGUCCGAUGAUGAGAUAGUUGGGGAUAAUAUUGAUAGUAUGGACAGAGAACUGUUAGGAGAAGAUAAAGAGGUUGCUCCGGAGGUAGGUAUGAUUUUCGAUGGUGAAAAAGAGUUGUUUGACUUUUAUAAGAGAUAUGCUUAUGCCGUCGGCUUUCCCGUGAAGAAAAGGAAUUCAAAAAAGGGUGACGAUGGAGUUGUUAGAUUUAUCACAUUCACAUGUAGCCGUGAAGGACGAAGUGGCAGUAACACAAGUAGUACUUUGAAGCCGCAACCAACAAGUCAAAUAGAUUGUAAAGCAAGAAUAUCUGCAUCUGCAGAUAAAGUUGGGAAAUGGAGAAUUAACACCGUCUAUCUCGAGCAUAAUCAUAAAACAAGUCCUUCGAAGUCGAGGUUGUUUCGAUGUAACAGAGAAUUGACUGCAAAUGCGAAGAGAAAGCUUGAAUUAAAUGAUAUGGCAGGAAUUCCGUUGCACAAAAGUUACAACUCCGUAGUUGUGGAAGCAUGGGGGUAUAAUAAUUUGACUUAUGUUGAGAGGGAUUGUCGCAACUAUAUUGAACAAGUAAGACGGUUACGACUUGGAGAAGGAGACGCCGCAGCUUUACAAUCCUACUUUUCAAAGAUGCAAGCACGGUGUUCGGGAUUUUAUUUCAGUAUGGAUUUGGAUGAUGAGUCACGGCUUCGAAAUAUAUUUUGGGCAGAUAACAGAUGUAGGCAAGCAUACAAGGAGUUUGGCGAUGUUGUUACCUUUGACACGACGUAUUUACAAAUAAGUACGACAUGCCUUUCGCUCCUUUUGUCGGAGUUAAUCACCAUGGACAAUCAAUACUGCUUGGUUGUGGUUUGUUGUCGAAUGAGAACACGGAUACAUUUGUGUGGUUGUUCAAGACAUGGCUCGAGUGCAUGCAUGGCCAGCCUCCCCACGAAAUAAUUACGGAUCAUGAUAGGGCCAUGCAGAAUGCGAUUGAGAUUGUGUUUCCAAAUACUAAACAUAGAUGGUGUUUAUGGCAUAUUAUGAAGAAGUUGCCAGAAAAAUUUGGCUAUCAUGUUGACAAAGGUUCGAUAUUCUCAUCUAUACACAACUUGGUCUAUGA